AUGACGACCGAGGCUGCCGGUAUGGGUUGCGAUGUCAGAGAUGUAGCUCGUGUUAUACAGUUCGGUUGUUGGUGGAAGAAUACGCUGGUGACUUUGGUUCAGCGACUUGGUCGUGCAGCUCGGGAUCCUGAAAUCCAAGGAACAGGAAUAUUACUCAUCGCUCCGCCAUCCGAGAAAAGAAAACACGCCAACAAGGAUAUCGACUUUUUCUUCAAGACCACAGGUUGUCGGAGGGCGGUCUUGGAUGAAAAAUUUGGCAACACUUCUGAACCCAACAAGAACUGUUGCGACAAUUGCCAUCCGACAAAGAGAACGAUCCGGUCAAAGGAGAUCACUUUUGUGGAGGUCUCCGCAAAGUCAUUGACAGCCAACAGGAGCGCGACACGGACUACAGAGCAGAAGGAGCAAGCCAAGGAUAUAAUUCUUGCCUGGAGAGAGCGCAUGCACGAGGAGAUCUAUGCAGAGCUGUGUAUGUUUUCGACCGCGGAUGUUUUGAUGGAGGACAAGAAGAUCGACAAGCUGGCAAAGGAGUUCGAGAAGGUCAAGGCUGUUGAAUCUAUAGAGCUGAUCCUGAAUUGGAGGCCUGACGACGACUACGCCUUAAACACGCUCGCCAAUGACCUUAUUGAGCUGAACAGAGCUAUUGACAACGCAAUACCAACAUUCAAUCAACCUCAACAAACAUGGCAGAACCUGACUAUUUCGCAGCAGUCAUCUCAAGGAACAGGUUCUACUGCCCAGAUACUCGACAGUCCAACAAACCUGACUAGCACAUACCAGGAGAGCGCAUCCAGUAGCAGCUCAGCGAUUAUUACACCAAAACGCCAAGUUACAACCUUGGUUAAUCAAGUCUGGAAAGCAUGGACACCCGACCAAUUGAUAUCCAAACCCAAGCGCCCUUAUAACAAAAAAUCAAAGUAA